AUGUCCAGGAAUAGCAGCGAUCCGAUGAUGUACAAUGCGUACGUAGACGAGAGUGCCACGGUCAGGUUGCGGAAUUUUGAGUUUUCAAAGUACGCCAGCACCUUAUUCUUGGUUGACGACGCAAUCUCGUCCUGGAUCGAGUGGACCGAUGAAAUCGUCAGCAUGAUGACACAGAAAAUCAUGUACGCCAUCACAAUGGAAAACAGGAGGAACGCCAGCUGGUACAGCCGUUUGGCGUCGCGCGGUUUAUUACCGAACGAAAUGAUGAACGUAAGUCCGAGCGCGGCAAUGUAG